GCUCCUGCCGGGGCCGGCGGCUCCGGAACGAGAUCGGGAAGUAAACAGUCCACUAACCCAGCCGAUAACUACCAUCUGGCCCGGAGGCGAACUCUGCAAGUGGUGGUGAGCUCCUUACUGACCGAAGCAGGGUUCGAAAGUGCCGAGAAAGCGUCCGUGGAAACGCUCACAGAGAUGCUGCAGAGCUACAUUUCGGAAAUCGGGAGGAGUGCCAAGUCUUACUGCGAGCACACGGCCAGGACGCAGCCCACGCUGUCGGAUAUCGUGGUCACCCUCGUGGAGAUGGGUUUCAACGUGGACACGCUCCCUGCUUAUGCGAAACGGUCCCAGAGGAUGGUCAUCACUGCCCCUCCAGUGACCAAUCAGCCAGUGACCCCCAAGGCCCUCACAGCGGGGCAGAACCGGCCGCACCCGCCACACAUCCCCAGCCACUUCCCCGAGUUCCCGGACCCCCACACCUACAUCAAAACUCCGACGUACCGCGAGCCUGUGUCGGACUACCAGGUCCUGCGGGAGAAAGCGGCGUCCCAGCGCCGCGACGUGGAGCGGGCGCUCACCCGCUUCAUGGCCAAGACGGGCGAGACCCAGAGUCUCUUCAGAGACGAUGUCAGCACCUUUCCGCUGAUCGCUGCCAGGCCCUUCACCAUCCCCUACCUGACGGCCCUGCUUCCCUCCGAGCUGGAGACGCAGCAGAUGGAGGAGACGGACUCCUCAGAGCAGGACGAGCAGACGGACACAGAGAACCUCCCUCUUCACGGCAGCACGGACGAUUCGGGAGCGGAAAAGGAGAACGCGUCUGUCCUGCAGCAGAACGCGUCCUUGCCGGGAAGCCGGAACGGGGAGGAGAGCAUCAUCGACAAUCCCUACCUGCGGCCCGUGAAGAAGCCCAAGAUCCGCAGGAAGAAGUCCCUCUCCUGAGCUGCGAAGGAAGCCUGGCUCAUGCGGGGACGCCACCAUCCUGGGCUGGAAGGUGCUGGAGGCAUGCGUGAGGGGGCCUCCAUCUGUCCCUGUGGCUGAGCGAGCCCCGCCCGGCCAAGCGGUGCUCACCUUGGUUUGGGGGUUCCCCCUGCGCCUUUGGGCUGAGGAAGAGAACAGGGUGAUGCUGAGGCUGCUGUGCCACACGGGUGGGGCUGGGGGGCAGCUGGUGACCUUUUCUGUCCAUCCCAGAACUGCUGCUUUCUCUGAAGUCUGGAAGACGGGAGGGAUGGUGGCAGGAAAGUCAAGGCCCUCCCCUGCUUUGCUGACCACCUGAGAGACCGCCCAGGUUGAGGUUCAGGGUGUCUGGCCCCCGGUGACCUGCAGGCACCGUGGAAUGAAUUGAUCUCCCAGAACCACCUCCUCAGUGAGUCUUCAGCUGGCCCCCCAGCUCCCUUGUUGAACUGACUGGACCUGGUGCUGGCGGGUCGUUGGACCUGCCAGGGAGCCUCCGAUUCCCUCGUCAGCCUGUGCAGAAAGUGCCUCACACAGGAGCCUGCUCUCUGUGGGCUAUGUGCUUGGGGGCCACCACGUCCCCGCCCUCCUGGGAAACAUGCUUGCUCUGACCAGAGCCAGGGCCCUGGGUGCCAUGGCGCUGGUCUCCUGGUGGGAGAGCCAGACUGCCAGCAGCAGGAAGCCCGUGGGCUGAGCAGCCUGGCUGGGCUGGAAGACGGCGUGGACAGAGCCACGUGCCCCUCCUCAAGGCGCCCAGGGGCAAAGCCAAGGCUCCUUCCAGGAGCAGGUGGGACUCGCUCCGCCACAGCCUCCUGAGGGAAGCCAGCUUCAUCCUCAGCAACCUCUACACGUGGGAAACAAGCGGCUGGGCCAGGAAACCGCCGGGCAGCCAGCCCUCGGCUGCUGUCCAGAGGGAGAAAUCACAAAUGGGGUCCCAGGAGGAAAAGUGGCAGCCACACCCGGAGGUUCAGUACAAGAUGGUCAGGGGUCCGGGGCAAAUGCUGUGUGGACGUGGGCCCCUGUCUCCUUUCACUUGCCUGUCAACGUGGUGGCAGGAUAGGGGGCUUCCCAGACACUCCAUCCUUGGCCUGGAAGGAAGGAUGCUCUCUCCGGCCCUGGACCAGAUAGGAGUUGGUGGUGACGCAGACCUCCUGCGGAGCAGCACAGCUAGCCGGGGACUGCUCCCGGCCUCCUGGUGCGUGCGGGAGCUGUGCUGGCCCCUUGCCCUGUGACUCGGCUCUCGGCGAUUCUUGGUCCUGGCUUUGAGGCGCGGCAGUGCCGGCGUCCUCUGCUCUCAGAAGCCGCGUACCGGGCAAGCCCCCGUGGCACCCCGCUGUGCUGAAGGGCAGGGCGGGCUGCUGCUGGGGUGGCAGAGUUGGCGGGGAUGGCUGUGAUUCUCCCGAAGGGGGGCACUGAGACCCCACCAUUGCUGUGUAAAAACUGUGCAUACUUCUCGAGGUUUAUUUAUAAAUUUCUAUUUUUUAUAACUUUGGAGGAUUUGUUUUGGGGGUGGGGCUUAGGGGUGGAAAACCAUCCGCAGAGCCAAAGGAAAAAUGUAUGUAUAUCCGCACAUAGGAUCAAAUUAAACCUCUGUACGUGAAAUA